GUGCAGGCAGCGCCACAUAAGUACCAAGGGUGCUAACUGAAUAAUGGGUUGGAGCCCCGCAGCAGCGGUUGGGGAUGGAGAUUUUGGUCCCGAAAACUGUUAGGCGUGAUGAUCUUGGCCGCCUCUUCACCGGAUCGACGCCAUGGUUUCCAUAACUGAUUAUUGUGCAAUGUCAAUGAGAUCGGCGAUUACACAUUCAGCUGGUUCAUCCCUUCCUCCCCACUGUGUCCCUUCGAAACGAGUAACGAGAGAUGUAGGUCAGUGAUCAGAGAAGGGAGGUGCAGAUUGUGGGAGGUUACACGAGUGAGAUGAUCCGAAGCAUGACCGGGACCAUGGGGCAGGUUUGGGUGCUAGUUGCGUUUUUAGCUCUUAUAGGAUGGCGAGGUGGUGCAGCUGCGCAUUCUCUUCCACUUGAACAGUGCGACUUCUACUUUCAGGGUCACAAGGACACCGUUCCUAUGUUGGAUGUCUUGGUGACGCGCAAUCUCACUACCUCGCCGCCAAUUCUCACCAAAUUUGAAACGGAAGUUGUAGCAGCAGAAAUUAGCACCGAUUGUGCGUUUCUCCCGGAUCCAUCAAUGGCGUUCGAGAAACGGAGUUGCUCAGGCCACUUCCAUGUGCGAAAUCACCAUCUGUCGGGCCGAUUUAGGAAUGAAGAAUUUUCCACCCUAGAGGCUCUCCGCUUCCACCAAGUGCUAAUGGCACUUGAGAGCUUAAGGCUUGAAGACGGCACUGAACUGGACCAAAAUGACACUAACUCGCAGUUUCCACAUCCCCGGCGGUGUGUCACCUUUCUAACAACCCCAGCGGUCGUGCCCCAUUAUAACACAGACAGAGCUCUUCCAGACGGAGACGUCAUUACGAAAGUUGUGGAGCUAGUUCCAAAAAUGCUGGACAACAUGCAUCGCAAGAAACUGAACAAAAUCAGGGAGUCGGCUCGGCAGCUUGGUCACGACAUUAGCCUACUUGGCCAGGACAUGGCCAACUUUCCAUAGUCUACAACUCGUCUUAGCUAUGUUGAAACAUGAAAGACUCUUCUCGCUAGUCCAGUGAUCUAUCCGCAUGAAUUUGCUUGUGUUUCUGUUGUGGACGCUCCAGUCCAGAGGGGCAUGCUUGAUUUGUUUGGAGUCAACUCUCCCCACAUUCAGUAUGAACGUCAAUAACAUACAUCGUUCUGAAAAUCCAUCGGGAAUGCAACAAGCGUAUCCACAUGUGGCAGGAAAAAGGCAAGUGUCCCAGUGCUUGAACACUGUUUAGAAACAAAGCCACUAAUAAAAAAUAUAGUUGAUGUUUUGACUCGCUUGAUUCUCUUGUUGAGAAUCAGCUACUGUUCAACUAAUCAAAUGCAGAGUUCUUCUGAUGUCAA